GAUUGGAGUAUCUGAAAGUGAACUUAAGACAAUUUUAAAUAGAAGACUCGACUAUGAAUGACCGACCUAUAUCCUCAGUAUUGAAAUUGCCACACAGAGAUGUAUGACUGGCGUAGGAGCGGAAUUGUUCCGCUUGGAGCCAUCUAUUGAACCAUGAACCAUGAACCACACAGAGAUGUUUCGAAUUACGCUGGAAGUGAUUGCUGAUUUAACGAAAUCAAAAAUAAUGAAUUGCUUAUUGUGAAAGUUUAACGUAAUUAUUAUCGUAGUUUGGACAUUAAAAGGAUCAAUUCUACAAAAAAUGGAUUCGUGGUCAAAUACAAUAACUGCAUUACAGAGUUUUGGAAGCAUUUUGGUUUGUCAAAAAUGUGGACUUAAACCAAUGUCUCCCAUAAGAUUCACAAAUUGUGAACAUUUUUUUUGUCAGAAGUGUGCCAAUUCUACCACAAUGUGUUAUAUAUGUAAAAUAUCAGUACAGCCAAAGGAUAUGAGUCACAAUCAUAUAGUAUCCAACCUCAUUCGGUGUUGUGAUACUAUUGCAGAAGUUGUCAACAUGAAAAACUUAUGGGACGUUAAUAUAGAUCCUUCCAAUACGUUAAUGAAUACAUCAAUGAAUACCACAGUUUCUAAGACAAUUUGUACACCAAAAAAUAUACAUAUACCUAAGAGAAACAUAAAUAAGCCAAAUUAUAAGGGAGAAACACAGCUGCAUACUGCAUGCUUGAAGAAAAACAUUGAACAUGUCAAAAUUCUCUUGAUGGCUGGAGCAGAUCCUAAUACAAAAGAUAAUGCUGGUUGGACUCCACUGCAAGAAAUAGUCAAUUAUGGACAUACCGAAUUGUGUGAAAUAUUAUUGAAAGGUGGAGCAUUUCCCAAUACACCAGGUGAUGAAAAUAGAAGACCGUUACAUGAUGCUGUAAUAUAUAAUAGAAUUGAAGAAGCUAAAUUACUACUUCAAUAUCAUGCUGACAAAGAUGUAUAUGAUAAAUAUGGCAAGAGUCCUUUAGACUACUGUAGGCCAGAAAUGAAUGAGAUGCGAAGAAUUCUGAUGGGAAGUCAAAAGUCACCACUCUUAUCUGAAAAAUCAUCUGAACUCAAUCACACUCUAGAUAGAUCAUUCAUUGUAGGACAGGACAAAUUGGUAGUUCUCGCUUCAAAUUUGAAACCCGAGAAUCAAAAGAUACUUAACCUCGUAGCUGCGCAACAUAAAUUUAAAGUUGUGACCACAGAUAGAUCAUCUGUUACACAUGUCAUAGUAGAGGCAAACAGGCAAAACAUUACAAAAUUGACAGUUGAUGUCAUGUUCACUAUUGUGCGUGGAAAUUGGCUUCUCAACAGUGAAUGGAUUGCACUGGCGGGAGAUAUGGAGGACGUGUCUACCAUGGAUCUGGAAUUGUUUGAAAUUAGCGGUGCGCCGAUUCUCGGCGUACCAAGGAACGCAAGACUAAACGCAGAGUGCCAGAAGCCGCGUCUCUUCAACAACUGCUUUUUCCAUUUCGCACUGCAGGCAAACAAGGAAUAUCGAAUUGACGGCUUACGUUUGACGAAGAACGAUCUGGUGAAACUGGUGAAAGAAGGUGAAGGGACUGUGCUGAUUAGGGAACCGAAACCGGAAGACUUGAAUGACGCAUCGCAAAUGAUACCUUUUCACACCGCCGACGACUCGUCUCAUCCUCUGCAUAGGUGCACUCAUUAUGUCAUAUAUAUACCGGGCAAAGGUGAGCCGCUUAUCAAAUACAUGAUGCCGCAUAUCAAGAGCCUCCCGCUUAUAUGGCUGAUCGAGUGUAUCGAGAAAUUCACUCUGGUCGAUCCAGCCUUUCUGGGACUGUCCUAAGUGCCUAAAUAAACGUAACUAAUACUCUUUGUAUCAAUGGAAUUUUUCAAUUCUCAAACGUAAGCUUGAUUUAUAUAUUUUUCUAUCACAAAUUACUUAUUGUGCGAUAUAUUGACCAAUUUUCAACGAAAAAUUCCAUAUAUUCCAUUUCAAAUUUCAUAUAAUAAAACAUGUGUAUGUAUAGAACUUUCUUAAGCGAAAGUUCUACACACACACACACACACACACACAUAAAAUGUUCGAUGAGAUAUUGUCGUGAAUAGAAAUAGGAUAAAUAGAACAAAUAGAAUAAGUUGAGAGAAUAAAUGAACAGAAUUACUA